AUGGCAGCGCAUCUGUGCUGCCUCCUGUCCGUGCUGCUGCUGCUCGAGGCCUUUUCAGGUUCUGGUUCCCCAAACCCAAAUGAAGACCCUAGGCCAGAGAGGGACCAGGACUGCCUGAGGGCCAGUGAGCACUGUGCCCGAGAUGCUGGCUGCAGUGCCCGGCUCCGCACCCUUCGCCAGUGUGUGGCAGGAGAGGGUGCAGCCAAGCUGGGGCCUGAUGCCCAAAGUCAAUGCCAGAGCACGGUCCAAGCUCUGCUGUCCAGUAGUCUCUAUGGCUGCCGAUGUCGCCGGGGCAUGAAGCGGGAGAAGGACUGCCUGGGUGUGUAUUGGAGCCUGCGCCACACCGUCCCACAAGGUCAGUAAAUGAUGCUAGAAAGCUCUCCUUAUGAACCUUUCAUUAGAGGCCUCAACUAUGUUGGAUUGGCAGCUAUUACAGCAGGGUCCGAGGGCGAGAGCCCGUCACCACGAGGGAACCGUUGCCUGGACGCGGCCAAGGCUUGCAACGUGGACGGGCUGUGCCAGCGGCUGCGCGCGGACUACGCGGCCCUGUGCCUGAGGGCCGGGGCCCGGGGCUGCCCCCGCGCCCGCUGUCACCGGGCCCUGCGCCGCUUCUUCGACCGGGUCCGGCCCGAGCUCAGCCACGCGCUGCUCUUCUGCCCCUGCGGGCCCGGGGACGCGGCGUGCGCCGAGCGCCGGAGGCAGACCAUCGUCCCCGCCUGCUCCUACACAGACUCUGACCAGCCCAACUGCCUGGAGCCGCUGGACACCUGCCGUCGGGGCUACGUGUGCAGGUCCCGUUUGGCCGAGUUCCAAGCAGCGUGCCAGCCAUCGCUGCUCACCCCCAGUGGAUGCAUCCACGAGGAUCCCCCCAGCUGCCUAUGGGCCUACACUGGCAUUCUGGGGACCCCCAUCACGCCCAACUAUGUGGACAAUGUAAGCACUGCUGUGGCACCUUGGUGUAGCUGCAGCUCCAGUGGGAACAGGCUUGAAGAAUGUGAGACCUUCCUGAGGCUCUUUGCGGGAAACCCCUGUCUUCAAAAUGCUAUUCUGGCUUUUGGCAACCAGACAGACCUAAGCUGGGGCCCCUCUGCCUUUCCACCUGGAACAUACCUGCAGGAAUCCCCUGGUCCUGGGCACAGCCUCUUCAACCAACUGAAGCCCCCCCAACCCACCCAGAAUUGCCUUGUUCCCAAGCAGCCUGAAACCCCCAGAUUGCAGCCUACUCCAAAGCUUGGCUGA